AUGGAGGGCUCAACUCCCAUUCCAGAGCCCCAAGGCUUGCCGCUCUUGGGAAAUAUCAAGGAUGUAAACCCUGAAUUUCCCCUAGGGUCAAUGGUAGGACUUGCUGAUGAGCUUGGUGAAAUCUAUCGCUUGCGUUUCCCCGGCCGAACCACAGUUUUCAUUUCUACAUAUGAGUUGGUGAAUGAAGUGUGCGAUGAAAAACGAUUCAAGAAGUCGGUGAAUUCGGCGUUGAGUUGGCACUGGUUCGAUGCUGAUCAAGGCCGUGUUACUGAAAAUCAGGAAGUCAGAAAUGGUGUACACGAUGGUCUCUUCACAGCUAGAGAAGGCGAAGUCAACUGGGGUAUUGCCCAUCGAGUACUCAUGCCAGCAUUCGGACCGCUAUCCAUCCAGAGCAUGUUCGAUGAAAUGCACGACAUCGCCACGCAACUGGCGCUGAAGUGGGCUCGGUAUGGACCAGAGACCCCGAUCAUGGUGACAGACGAUUUCACUCGCCUCACGCUGGAUACCCUGGCGCUGUGCUCCAUGGGCUUCCGGUUCAACAGCUACUACUCGCCAGAGCUGCACCCGUUUAUCGAAGCCAUGGGCGACUUUCUCACGAUGUCUGGGGAGCGGCCGAGAAGACUUCCGUUGCCGUCGAUAUUCUACAGGAGCCAAGACGAGAAGUAUGAGGCUGAUAUUCAGAUUUUGCGGAAGACGGCGGAGGGUGUGCUGAAGUCGCGGAAGGCCCAUAAGAGUGAGCGAAGGGAUCUCCUGACAGCUAUGUUGGAGGGGGUCGAUUCGAAGACCGGGCAAAGUAUGACGGAUGAGAGUAUCAUGGACAAUCUGAUUACCUUCCUGAUUGCGGGUCAUGAGACCACCUCGGGGUUGUUGUCGUUUGCGUUCUAUCAGCUUUUGAAGUAUCCAGAGAUUUACCGCAAGGCGCGGCAGGAGGUGGAUGACGUGGUCGGUGAAGGGACUAUCAAGGUUGAGCAUAUGUCCAAGCUUCCCUAUAUUGCUGCGAUUCUUCGUGAGACGCUGCGUAUCAACGCCACUAUUCCUUUAUUCACGGUCGAGGCAUAUGAAGAUACGCUUAUUGGAGGCAAAUAUGCCGUCAAAAAGGGAGAGACCAUCGUCAGUCUGUUGACGAAAUCACACCUAGAUCCCGCUGUCUACGGUGAGGAUGCCAAUGAGUUCAAGCCAGAGAGAAUGUUAGACGAUAACUUCAACCGGCUGACCCGCGAAUUUCCUAACUGCUGGAAGCCGUUCGGCAAUGGCAUGCGGGCAUGCAUUGGUCGCCCAUUUGCCUGGCAGGAGGCAUUACUGGUGAUGGCCAUGUUGCUCCAAAACUUCGACUUUGAACACGCUGAUCCAGACUACAAGCUCGAUAUUAAGCAGACGCUCACCAUCAAGCCAAAGGAUUUCUUCAUGACCGCCAAACUGCGUGGCAACAUGUCGCCAACGCAACUUGAGCGUCGCCUAGCGGGCAUCGAGGCCCCUAUCGGGGGGAAGCAACUCUCGGCGUCUAAUGGCGAUGCUGGUGCUGGGACAGGGCUUCCUCUGACUAUUCUUUAUGGCUCGAACACUGGCACUUGCGAGGCAUUGGCGCAGCGUCUCGCGGCUGACGCUGCUUCGCAUGGGUUCCACGCAUCGGCGGUUGAUUCUAUGGACGGCGGCUUUGAGGCAUUGCCGACUGAUCGACCCAUCGUCAUCAUCACCGCAUCGUACGAAGGCCAGCCGCCCGAUAAUGCUGCCCGGUUUGUGUCUUGGAUGGAUGGCCUGAAUGAGGAAGAGAGUCCCUUGAAGGACUUGACUUACGCCGUAUUCGGCUGUGGAAACCAUGAGUGGGCACAGACCUUCCACCGUAUCCCGAAGCUUGUGGACACGACCUUUGAACGAGCAGGUGCGAGCCGUGUGGCGGAAAUCGGACUGGCGGAUGCCGCGAACGGGGACAUCUUCACCAGCUUUGAGACUUGGGAGGACGAGAUCUUGUGGCCAGCAUUGGCUGAACGUUAUAGCGUUGCUGCAGACAGCAUGGGCAAAGCGGCCCCGGUGGACGCAACGGUGUCAACUCCACGACUACUGACCCUGCGACAAGACCUUCAAGAAGCCAUCGUUGUCGACGCGUGGGACUUGUCAACCGGCGAGGAAUCCGUCAAGAGACAUAUCGAGAUCCGCUUACCAGAAGGCUUGUCAUAUCAACCAGGUGAUUACCUCGCCGUCUUGCCUGUCAAUCCUAAAGAGAAUGUUCACCGAGCCAUGCGCCGCUUUGGUCUCGCCCGGGACGCAUAUAUCACCAUCACUACCAAAGGACAGACAUCUCUUCCGUCCAACGAGUCGGUAUCCGCGUAUGACAUUCUCAGCUCGUACAUCGAGCUGGCGCAACCAGCCACGAAACGUAACAUCCACUCGCUAGCCGAAGCAGCGCAAGACGAGCGGACCAAAGCCGAACUCAGCCACCUCGCCACAGAGGUCUACACCGAAGAAAUCAGCGCCAAAACCGUCUCCGUGCUCGACCUCCUCGAGCGCUAUCCGUCCGUGACCCUCUCGCUCGGCUCAUUCCUCUCCAUGAUGCCGCCCAUGCGAGUCCGACAAUAG